AUGUGGCACGCACGUCUAGUGGCUGCGAUGGAGGCGGUGCCUGAUAUGGAUGCGCUGCUGGAUGAGCUUGAGGAGGCCGUCGUUGGGAAUAAGCCAGACCACUCGAAAAAUUCUAGACCCGUAUCAGUUGGCCGUACGGAAGUGAUCGAACUUCCUUUACAUCUACGAAAACUUUCGGACAAGGAAAUGAUAAGAAUCGAUUUGAAGCCUCCUGAUCCUAUAGUUGUGAAGGCAGAUGAGUGUUCGACAACUGCAGCUGACUCAUUAGCUAAUGAUGUAGCAGAGAUGUCCAGACAGGACCCUAUCAUAGAAAACGGUCAAUAUCAGCCAUCCGUUUCUGUAGGCACUGCACGGGUUAUCGAGGCUCCAGGCCCCGAAUCACCAGAAGUAGCGGAGGAACACGCGGAAUCCGAAGGAGACACUGAGUUUGAAGAAGUUCUGGAUUACUUGAAUAAGUGUGAAGACGAAGAGGUUGCUCCCGCAGCUAGCAAAAGAAUUGAUGAAAUGGAAGUGGCCGAGGCCGAACCCACUGCUGGGAAUCCAGUUUCAGAUGCCAGAGAAGCAAGAAAUACUGCUAAUUUGCCAAUACGAUCUGAAAAGGAAGAUUCCCAUGCUUCAUCAUUUGACCAUGACUAUCACUCAGAAAUGCAAGAUGAUGAAUCGCUGAGGACAGCAGCUGAAGCAGUAGCUGAGGCAUUGCUUGACGCUGUCGCCAAAGGUGUUGAAAACUGUCUUGAACCGUCAACGCUUGCUGGAGAGCACGUGCUUGAGAAAGGUACACAUUUAGAAGAGAAGAAAGUAUCAGAUGCUGAGCCACCUCUGGCUCAUGAGGAAGUCACCAUAUGUCAUGAGCUUGAAGAUAUUCAAAAAAAUCCAUCCUUCCUCAACAAUGUGGGAACCUUAGCUACUGCACAAGACGUGCAGGUAGAUACCUCAAAUAGCGAAUCUGUGACAACUGUGAUACAUAAUUUAUCUGUGGCUUCAACGAGCUGUGAAAAUCAGGCCGAGGCUCUAGUUGAAGGUCCUUCACACGCAGAUAAGCCAACGAGUACAGACUCUAUUGAAGCCUCUGCAUUGAUGCAAGAGGAAAGGAGAAGAGUUGAAGAUGGUACAAAAGCUGUUUGUGAUUCCGAGCAGAUUGUGUCAUCAACGGAAGAGGGAGCAACUUCGAAAACGAUAGAGCUGGAUGCAGUAGAGAUGAAACCUGAGGCCUUAACGGCUAGGUCUGGUAAAAUAGACGCGUUAGAUGAUCUGCCCACAAAAAGAUCUACGGAAGAACGAAAGCAGCUGUCUAAUGUAAGUGCUCCAGAAGAAGUCAGUGAAGUGGAAGCUCUGGAAGUGAUACCUGCAGCAUUGACUGCCAGAUCCGGUGUGGUAGAUGCCACUCUAGGUGGUGGUGGGUCAAUGAACGCGAGGGUAGAUUUGUCAGAAGAGAAAAGCCAGCUUUCCACUGUGAGCGCCCCGGAAGAAGUCAGUGAGGUGGAGGCCCCGGAAAUGAGGCCUGUGGCGUUGACUGCUAGGUCUGAGACGCUCCCGUCUUCAGAAGAUGACCUAGACUCCGUCAUUGAAGAAGCCCGCAAUGUAUCAAAUCAGCAAGUUGAACCGAUAAGUGAACAAGACGUCAAAGCUAAUCAAGACCUAGAGGAGAAUGGAGGAGUUGACGACCGCGAGCGUGCUGGUUCCGAGGAGAGUUGCCAUGGAUUGGUGAAUGCGAUAGAGUGUGAGGUGACGGAGGACGAAAGACCUUCUCCCGCUCCUCCUUGCGAUCGUUUCGGUGCACAGGUUAUUGCGACUAUCCAUGACCUAUCUCAGGAGUCGGAUCCUAUGAGACUCACGGAAAGCGAGUUGCAGCUGGGAAAGUCUAAACCUUACUGGAUCCCUGAUGAUGACUGUCCAAUGUGCAUGCUGUGCAACGUUCGUUUUUCUCUGAUAAACCGGCGACAUCAUUGUAGAGCCUGUGGUCGCGUUGCUUGUGCAGCUUGUUGUAAAGAGCGAGCCACGCUUGAAUAUAUGAAAGAUGACCCGAAAAAGCGUUCCCCCGCACGUGUUUGUACCCCUUGCGCUUCUAUGCUUGCUCGAAUAGAAGACUACGAAAAGAUGAUGAGAGAACACGCAGAAGGAGGGGAUUCGGUUGAUGCUACGCCAUCGACUUCGACAGGCCGUGUGACACGGGGCGUUCUGAAAACCCAUGCUUCGAAUGAAGCAGAGCCGGAGGCAUCGCACUCAGAUGCCCAUGAAAAGAAGCGAUGUGUCGUUUUUAGAGAUGGCGUAAAACCUGGUGCUACAUCUCCUACUUCACAAAAUCCUUCUGCUGAAGAGAAGAGUACGACCGUGAAACCAAAGAAGAAAAAUCGCAAAAGGCACGCGGUUGUCCGCCGGAUAGCAGAGCUAAGGCUUGAAGAAGAGCUGGGUUGUGCGCUGCCCACAUCCACGCGCCCUCAGUUGCUCAUUAUCUCGCCUAGUGGGGAAAUGGAAAUGGUUGACGAGGAAUGUGUAGUAUCUCGGCUUAAGGAGGACCUUCCAGUAACGAUUGUUUUGAAGAAGAACCUGUCUUGUGUCGUGAAGAUAUGUAAAGUGAGCUCCAUGAGUGUAUUUUGCGUUCAUUCAUGUGGAUUUGCUACCAUUGGCUUGGAUGAAGUUAUAUUCGUAUGGAAGAGGGAAGAUCCUGAUGAUUUUGCUGUUCCACUGAAUGUAUUGCAUAGGAUCGCACAAAUUUACUCGACUUCUUGUGAAGCUGAUCAAGCAGGUGUGCGACAGGUCUCUAGUCGGUUACCUGCUAUACAUUCCGUACCUAUCGCAUCGCCUCCAUUGACCAAACAUAUUCUGUUUUUCCCACCUACUCUGCAGGACUUUGAGAAUUUACCAGUGCCCAAUUCACCUUUUCUUGUUGCUUUGUUCUUGUGCGAUGCGGAACUCUCUUGGGCUAUGGCUUGUCCAAAUCGACUACUGUUGCGAUUAGGAUUGAAGUAUAGCUGGUAUCCUACUCCUAUUGUUAAUAUCGUAAACAGAGAGUCAGCAUACUCGACUGAAACAUCGCAAACUGUGCUGAAGGUUUUUACCGACUUUCGCAACUGGUCUUUUCGUUUGAAGCAUCUCGUAGGUUGCACUGUUACGUUGGAAAAUGACGUUACCACGGUGAAGAUCCCGCGAAGUGCUAAGCAUGAUCUAGAUGAGGUAAUAUCCUUAAAUCGCACGAUGAUUGCUUGGGCGACAGAUGUGAAUCUGUCGGCUGACAGUCACCUAGUCUGUGAAGAGAACGAUGGCUUUUAUACGACGCAGGUUUUGGCACGGUGUGCCUCGAGGAAAGCUACCGGAGCCUCUUUCAUUGUUGUCGAUGGCGGUUUGAAGACUGACGGACUACAGAUAUCUGUGGUAGAAGAUGGAGUGGCCAUUCGUGUUCCCUCAGAGAAACUGGAAAGUUUGUUGGCUUCAUUGAACUCAAUGCAGGAUUGGUCAACCUCUGGAUCGUCAGGCGCUCAGUUUAUCAUAAACUGGAUUGACAUUUGCCCGCAAACUUCCACUCAUGGCCCCACGUCCUCAAUCGACGGCCUCAAUCUGGCUGAUAAAUAUCAAUAUGGUUUAUCGCUGGACAGAGCAAUUUCCUCUGUUUUGCAAGUUCCUAGCGUAUCAGACUAUGGUGUACGUCUUUCGCAUGUGUAUAAUCUCAGAAAUGGACGACUCACUCCUGAUGAAGAACCUAAAGUAUUCAGUAUUGCCGAGAUGUUAGCGCGCGAAUGCACAGGAAUGUUAGAACCGUAUUUGAUGAUGUUGAUCAACAUGAACAUUAUGAGCAUCUCGGUUCGUGUAAGUGUCAACGCAGAGAACGUGGAAUACGAUGUAUCUCCCUGGUUCGGCAUGGAAGAUGAACAGUUGAAAUACAAGCAGAAUAUGGAUCAGCUCAUUCCGGUAUUCUAUGAUAUUUUGGGUUACCUGUCUGGUGGAUUCUACAUUGAACUUACCUUGUCAUUCGUGUGCACAAAAUCUUUGCCCUUUAUCAAUUGAUCUGAUAGCUGAACACUUUUCAUGGGUGUUUAUCCUUCACCAGAUGUAGUAGAGCCCAAUUUGAAUACAUAUACGCAAACAAUAACUACAACCUCUUCUUUGUAGUUUACAAUGGUUACUUCCAAUCAGUGAGGUAAUGCGGAUUCUAGAAGUAUGUACAGUGCAUUAGAGGUCGUAUCCCAUUCUAAUUGCUCUUUUCUUACUAAUCUCACAGAAAUUUUCAAAUAUUCAUCUUACAAUGCAUGGGUGCUGCAAGUAAUUGAAUUUCGUGAAUUGUGAUAAGCGACGGUGUAUAAUAUGUUUUCUUUUCCUUUCAAAAUAUUAGUCUCUUGUUUGUAUCAUCUUGUUGAAGAAUUACGAUAUAGUGCUGUGAUACUGCUCGCUAGUUAGUUAUUCGAUCUUUAUUUUUUGUUUAGAGCGAAAUGUCUGUAAUACUAAUAAUAUAUCUUCUAAG